UUCUCGCAUCCUCUCCUUCCACAGAUUCUCCAUCUUUAACCUCCAUUAUUCCACCAACAUUCGAGAAGGUUGGAUUGUCCUCUUUUUGCUGAAACAUUAUCUUGUAGAUGUCGUUCGGUGCAGCUUCACUUAGCUCAGUCAUCAAUCAUGCCUCAAAUUAUGGCCCUUACACAACCGAAGCGGCGGUGUUGGCGUCCUCAAACUUACAUGAUAAAUCUCUCUACAUAUCAUGUGGACUUGAUGCCAAAAUAUUAGUUUCCGGCGGUAAAAUUGUCCAGGCUCAAAGAAGACUUAAACGAGCACUUCCAUUGACCUCUAUUGUCUCUGCUAUUCGAAAUGGAAACGAUGAACCUGAAAGAACUGUAGGUGCCUACGCUGCUGAUCAGUCACUAAUAACUUCAAAGAACGGUAGGAAAUCUAAUGAUCCAGCGAAGGAAAUUGUUGCUUCUUCAUUAUACUUGAGUGAAGAUCACUUACAAAAUGCGCAAGUCCUGGGAAACCAGGGAAAUCUUCUAGAUAAACUAAAGGCUGUUCAUAUGCAUGCUUUAGCAAUGGAACAGUGGAAUGCUUCCAGAUUAAAAUUGUGUCACAGACGACAUGCCACGAGUGCUGCAAACCUAAUACAUUAUUUAGCUCUCAGAAGCCUUGAUGUUGACCAGCUAAAAGAUGACCUCUCUUCAGUAGGCCUUCUAAACUUGGAAACAAUCAAUCCAUAUGUCAUUGCAAGCCUUUCUGCAGGAAUCCAGAUGUUGGAAAACCUAAAAUCUAGCUCUUUAGAUGGUGAUGAGAGAGUCGAUGGUAUAGCAAAUGACAAAAGUUCAAAAAAUUAUUCCAACAGUAAGUUCACAAUAGGUAUGAUGACAAAUAGGGCAAAUUCUAACCGGGACAUUCUGAUUGGUCCACCUCAAGAUGAAAGAACUCAUAUCAUGGUCACAGUUGGUGAAGAAGCCAUAGCGAAUGAAACGUUUAUUAAUGAUAUUAUUAAGACAGGCGCCACAAUCAUUCGUAUCAACUGUGCUCAUGGUGAUCCAAGUGUUUGGAGUGAGAUAAUCAGAAGAGCAAAAGUAAACUCUCAAAUGCUGGAGAAAUCAUGUCGGAUUCUCAUGGAUUUGGCUGGACCAAAGCUACGAACUGGUAGGAUGAAAGCUGGACCAUGUGUCAUGAAAAUAUCUCCAAAAAAGAGCGCCAUUGGAAAUGUGAUCAACUCUGCCCAGGUUUGGCUGGCUCCAGAAGGAGCAGGUCCGCCACCUGCUCAUGUAUCUCCUGAUGUGGUCCUAUAUGUGGACAGCAAAGAGUUUCUCACAAAGCUGGAAGUUGGUGAUACUGUUAGAUUCAGUGAUGCCAGAGGAAAACAAAGGUCACUUAUGAUUUCAAAGAAAUUCCCUGUCUUUACUGGUGUUGGAUUCAUGGCCGAUUGUACAAAAACUGCUUAUGUUCAGACAGGUACAGAAUUGUAUAUCAAGGGGAACAAGAAAAAGUCCUCGAUUGGAUUUGUGGUGGAUGUUCCUCCCACAGAGUCAUUCAUUAGAUUGAAAGUUGGAGACUUGCUAGUGAUAACACGAGAUAGCUCAAACGAACAACAACAAUCAACUUCUUCCAUGGUUGGCACUCCUAGAAUAACUUGUUCUUCUGGGUAUCUCUUUGAUUCAGUCAAACCUGGAGAGCCUAUUGCUUUUGAUGAUGGAAAAAUAUGGGGGGUUAUCAAGGGGACCAGUAUUUCAGAAAUAGUUGUUUCCAUUACUUAUGCUGGUCCACGAGGUACUAAACUAGGCCCUGAGAAAUCCAUCAACAUUCCCGAAAGCAAAAUUCAGUAUGAAGGCUUGACUUCCAAAGAUAUCAUGGAUCUUGACUUUGUUGCUACCAAUGCUGAUAUUGUUGGGAUUUCAUUUGUUCGAGAUGCUCAUGAUAUUGUUGUGCUUAGACAAGAACUGGAGAAGAGGAAACUUAAGCACUUGGGAAUUGUUUUGAAAAUUGAAACUAAAGAUGGGGUUAAAAACUUGCCUAUCAUGCUUUUAGAGGCAAUGAAGCUACCAAACCCUUUGGGGGUUAUGAUUGCCAGAGGAGAUCUUGCAGUUGAGUGUGGAUGGGAGAUGAUGGCAGAUAUUCAAGAACAGAUUCUUUCGAUUUGUAACGCAGCACAUGUCCCAGUUAUUUGGGCAACACAAGUACUUGAGUCACUUGUAAAGACCGGUGUGCCCACUAGAGCUGAGAUAACAGACGUGGCUUGUGGACGAAGGGCAAGUUGCAUAAUGUUGAACAAAGGGAAGCAUAUUUUGGAAGCUAUAGCCACUUUAGAUACCAUAUUAAAGAACAGCAGGUCUACCAAGGUGAAGCCAGAAGUCAGACAUCUUGUGUUAUCCAACCAUCUCUUUUGAUCUUCUUUGGUUGUAUCUAUACUUUACGUAUAUCUUUCCUUAAACUUCAUCUGGAUGCUGGAAUUUGACCCGUUCAAUCUGUUUUUUGUUGUUUGGAAUUAUUU